CACAGUGAAAGUAAGAAUGGCUAGAAAAGGUGACACGGCGGCGGAGAGGACAGCAGCCCUUCAGCUCUUUGGGAUCGUUCUGAUGUUGUCAAUGUCGGCAUUAGGAGCAAGUCUAUCGGAACCCGAAACAGAUCGAUGGCCCCUGUGCCUGGGGGAUCCAGCCAACGAGAAUAUUCAUUACUACAUGAAGUACAUCAUAGCUGAAAAGUACGAUCCGCAUAGCGACUCGCCUUGCACCAAACUUGGUGGUACUCCUGCAGACCUGACCAGCCCGUCGAAGCUUGAAUGCGCCCGGAAAGCCUUUCCGCUGAAAGACUUUGUUUGCCUCGAAGGUGAUGGGGAGCGGUCUUCACUCUGUGCAGCCUACGUUAGCAAGGACUACAAGUUGCCGAGCAAAGUGGAGAACGACAAUGAAAUUCAACCGAGCUGUAAGUGCUUUUCUCCAUGGCGGAAUAUCACCAGUUGCGAUUGCCGCCUUCAGCGCUAUGUCGUCUGCGAAUUGCCAGCGGAGCAAGAAUACUAUCAUCCCUUAUCGUCCUCGGAGCCGGGCCCGAGCACAAAGACUGCAUUGUCCUCACGACCCUCUGUCCCCACGGACCUUAGAUUUGCCACCACAAUGGCGGAUAGAUCUGAAGACACGGCACCUGAAGACCGGCCCGCAGUUGUCCAGGAGAUAAGCGAAGCAAACCUUUCCUGGGGGGCACCAGUAUUUCGUGGCGAUAGCAAUCCUGCCAGCAAGUCGAACACUGCAGGAGUCUACGAUGAAGAGCUUCAACGUCACAUGACGUGGGUACUGCCCACAGUGAUUGCGUCGCUAGCCUUGCUAGUGGCGAUCAUCUUGGUUCUCGGUACCGUCCUAUGGAGAUCAACGUCAAGAGCUUCAGCUACGCUAAAUACCCAAGAUGUGGAACGCAAGCAAACGCCCUCGCCCGCUGGUGCUGCUGCUAAGCAACCUGUAGUCAAGAUUGGAAACGGUGCUUCGUCAGCCAACAACCCUCCCAGGCAGACUUCAGACACCAGCAUGCACAGUACUCACACAGAAGAGGUUGCCUGUGAAAUUCCCGGCCAGGCCCUAGAGAAUCCGAUGUACGAACAGAUACCCAUUCCUAUUCAGAUCAAAGCAAGUGUCCCCGUGUAUUUGUGCCCAGCUGAUGAGAGAAUGUAUGCAAAUUCCUCACCAUCCACCAGCGCGACUAAGGCUGCUCCCGAACCACCACCACACAACUCCAGACCUCCUCUAUAGCAUAACCAUGCGUCUGAGGACAUGCAAUUGAAUACGCGACCGUCCGGAAGGAUACCAGGGACAGUCAGAUCUACUAUUGAAUUGUAUGGAUCGGCCGGCCGUUGUCGGGAACUCCCAGGAAGCCAUAAUUCACACUUGAAGUCAUGUAAUUGUACAUCUAUGCGCAUCUGGCAAGGCAUUGAGUGAAACAUUGGAGCAAUCGGCCACUUACAUGUACACUGUACAUUAUGACAACACUUGUAUUAUUAUUUUUGAUUCUUCUUCCUACUGCCAAUUACAGUAUGACUAGUUUUUCAGUUUAUGCUUACAAAACUCUGCACAUGAGUCGUCAAUUCAAAAGGAAUGACCGUUAUGUCCCAUAUGCAUGUGUAGAGUGUAGGUACCCAUCUACUGACCGGGUGGCAUAGUCACCAGCGCAUUAUAGCCUAUACGUUUAGGUACUGUAGAAGAUGCGUGGAAG